CGCACGGCUCGCCCAAGUUAACUUUGCCUCAUUUUACUUUCCCGCGAUGCCCAAAAAGAAGGAGAAGAAUAACGGCGAAAGGCAAGAUGAAGACAAGAAGAAAACGAAGAAAAAACAAAGCCAGUCGCUUCCCGUGGAAGAAAACGACAAAGAAAAAGAUUUGUAUCUCAUUCAAAUUCGAUUUUUAAACGAACAGCUGGAGAGAUAUCAGCUGAAAUGUAAGGAAAUGACCAAUGAGAAGAAGGCCUUGACGUCUCAGUGCAGCUUUCUGGAGAAGGAGAAGGAGGACAUUGUGGACUUUCUCAAGCGCUCCCUGCUGGAGAAAGAGGAGGAGCUGGACGACACGUCCGAGCGUCUGCGGGCUCUGCGGCAAGAGGCCGACCAGGGCAUGGAUGCUCUGCGACGGCAGCUGGCUCGGGAGCGACAGGAAGUGGUGAAGCGCAGUGACGAGCUUGCGGAACAGAAUGUGAAGCUAGUGGCCAGACUGACUGCUGUGGAGGAGUUUGAGAGGCAGAAAGAGCAGAUGAUGUCCAAGAUGACGGCGCUGGAGAAGCGGCUGAGCAGUCAGGAGGAGGCACACGCCGCUGCCGUGCACGCCGUGGAGAUGAAGGCUCUGCUGGAAAAGAGCAGGCUAGCGAGUCAGAUGGAGGUGCAGGCGGUGGAGUUGGAGCGCGUGGCGGAGAGCAAACUGCCCGAGACCACCAGGGGGACCCUGCAGGAGAACCAGGAGAUCAAGGUGCGAUACGGCGUGCUCUCUGAGAGGGCUCACGACCUCGCCCAGGAGAACGCCGCCCUGCGGGACCAGAAGACCAAGCUGGCUGCAGACGUGGACGUCUUGGAGGAGACCAUCAGGGAAAUGUCUCGUCAAAGUUGUGUCCGCAAGAAGGUGGCGGAGCAGCUGACCUCAAAGUGCCAGCAGCUGCAGACCCAGCUGAAGGAGAGCAGCCAUGACUUGGAGCAACUUGGGAGCAAACAUGAGAAAGUCUGUGGCCAACUGGAGGAACUCAGAGUCAGCCAUACCAUCGCCAUCAAGCAGUCCAGCAAAAACCGUGCUUUGGCGGUGCGUCUGGAGGCGGAGCUACAGCAGGAGAGGGAGAGAAGGUCAAAAAUGCAGGAAGCUGUGGCUGCUGUCAGACAUGUUGUCAUGGAAGCACAUCAGAACCCGGAGGCGGUCCGGUGGAAUCAGCUGAUGCAGAAGCUUCUGGUCAUCCUGGAAGGCCCCGCCUCCUCGAUGCGCGACACCAGCAAGCUCACCUUUGACAAGCGGUAAAAACCACCAGGAAAUGUUUGUACCAAGGUUUACUGCAGUGUAGUUUGCUCCUUGUCUCCCAAACAGGACAGAGACGUCCAGUUUCCACUUCCAGUUGUCACGACCCACUUUGAAAGCCAAACAUGCUCCCUCCAGAGGACAAAAACAUUGAAAACCCCGACAGAAAACUGUGUGGUGAGUCAAGUUGAUCAGGCUGAAAAACUAAUUCAUUGCUUUUAUCGUCCAAUCAGAUCGCUUUGAUGACAUUCAUAUGUUCCUCAUUACGCACUUGGAAUGUGUGCAUGACUUUGCUGUGCGAAUAAUCUUCAACUUUUGUUUCAUUUGGAGUUGAAAAAGCUACAUAUUCAUUCUUGUUAUCACAUGACAGCACAUUUAGACAUUCAUGAAAAAAAAAGUGGUAUAAUAUACUCUUAAUUUGAAAUAAGUCUUCAUCUUAACACUUUUUUUUUAAACAUGUAGCAAUAUUAGCUUUUUUGCUCAAAGAUAUUUUUUUUUACCAUAGACCAGUA